CAGCGCGAGCAUCACCAGCGGACGGGAUACAGACGCACUGAGGCAGCGAGGAAAUAAAGGAAUACACACUGAUGAAGGAGCAACAACAAAGAGGGAGGAUGGAAUAAAAAAAGCCUUUUAUUGCUUCUCCUUUCUCUUCCCACUUCUGUUUGGAGCAUCCCACAAGCAGAGCACCAGUGAAAACACAUACAUAUGAUAUAUAUAUAAAAUUCCUAUACAUAUAUAUCAAAUUAUGCCUGUUUUCAAAGAAGCUGCAGCCGGACAAGGACUGAUUUGACAGCAAAAUCCAUUGCAUGAAAAAUUGGGAGAUAAUGUGCAGCAUUUGCCUAAAAAACUGUCGCAUGUAAAUGCUUUGAGAUUUUUUUUGUCAAUUUUUGCUUGGGAAAAAAGACAAAAAAAAUAUAUUGAUGCAAAUGCACAAUUUUGAAAACUGGCAACUGAGUUGUUGAACAACAACAGCAAAGAGCUUCUGCUGCCGACAGUCCUAUAUUUCCAAAGGAGCUUCUUUUAAAAACAGGAUAUUUUUGAUCUGCCCUUGUUGCCACACGGCUGUGUGGCUGUCGCAUCUCCACUUGUCUCUGUCGUCCGAAUGGGCUGGGGGAAUAUAAUUCCAGCGAGGCUCAUACAAGUGCGCCGCUGAAAGUGCAGAGGGCUCUCUGACCCCAUGCUGAUAUUUCCUCAGCAACAACAAAAUAGCCUUACAGCCCAGCUCGGGCUGAGAGGAAAGGCUGAGGUAAGUUGUGGGAGAGAGGAAGAGGCAUAAAUAUCAAAGAGAGGAUAGAGGGAGAUUGCAAUCAGAGUGUAAACAAAGAGACUUAAUCAAAAACUGAGCCACAAGCAAACCAAGGAAGGAGAAACAAAACCUCAAAGAACAAACCAUGAUCCGUCAUGUGGGACACUCCACUCUGGUUGAGUAAUUCCAGCAUCUCUUGAGUCUUGGAUGCAGCACCGCUAAGACAUUAAGAUCAGGGAUUCAGUAUCACAUCAUCAGCCCUUCCGCUUUCUCCUCCACUCCCCUCUCCCCUUAGUCUUUGCACUUGUAGAGCAGGACGGAGCAGACUGAUAGACAGAGUACCCAGCUGGUGUCCCUGGGAUCCACAGAGAGUAGGGGUUUCACGGAGCAACAGCAACAGGAGCCCCCGCACGCACACAGAGAACAAAAAGCCAUCGGACUCCUUAGUGUGCCACUUAAAAGCUACAGACACUGACACUGACAGAGCACUGUCACCAGGGGGAUUUGAGCUGUUGGUGGAUGUGUGUGUGAGAGUGUGCGUGAAAGAAACCACGCUUUAGUUGCGCAGGACGCUUUUAAAGUAUUUGUUUUAAAGAAUAUUAGAACAGCUGUUGUUACCUGUUGGGUCUUUGACUGGAAAAAGAAAGGGGCUAUACUCCUACACAAUCUUUACAAAAUAAAAGCUUAAUAUUCAAUAUCACUCAUAAAGACAUCAGGGACUGGAAGACUGGAUCUCUACAUCGGAAGGAGCGAGUAACAUUCCCCAAGGUGGACCAAGGUGGCAGCGAAAAGAUGCCCACCACAAAAAUAAAAAAGCUUCUUUUGAACAGUGAUACUGAGUGUAGGAGGAUGAUAGAUGCAAGUUAAGUUCUGAGAGGGAGAAGUACACAGACAGCUCCAGUGGAAAACACUGCACUUUUCCUGGACAUCAGAUCUGAUUUGACUCCAGUGUUGAGCAUUAGAGUUGUUUUCCUCUCAGGAAUAUGAGUUUGUCUGAAAAGCCUUUCAUGUUGGAGCCCGUGACUAUCUGCGAGUUUUAGAGGAAUCUGCCUUCUUUUUCUGCAAGCCGCGUCGGAAACCCAGAGUUCUCACUUUUCAAGGAUUAUUCAUCCACUCAGUGGGGCAGCGUAUUGCUGGAAAUGCCAGAGGCAAGUUCAUUCGUACGUAACAUACCCUCCUAAACUGGAUUCCCUCCAGGCCACUGGAUUCAGAUUCGUCUACAACCACCUCUGUUGAUGACAUAUGGCUUUGUGAAAGGAGCUUUCAUUUGGCCCAUUAAUAAUUACACAUCAGCAGUGAGCCAUCACAAAACAUUGGAGUCCAAGAUGGCCACCUCGAUGCAUCCACUCUUGGUGAGCUUCUCGCUGGCCAUUCUCCUGGGGUUGACCUCUCUGGGUGGACUGAACUCUUGGUCAUCAGGUCAGGCUUUCGCCCAGGUCUCUACCAACAACCAGACAACAGAGCCCUCUAUGUUGCCAGAGGCUGCGCUGGCAACUCCCACACCAGACGCAGAGGAAAAAACAGUUCCAAGUGCUGGUAACCGUUGCUGGGGUUACUAUGAUGUCAUGGGCCAGUGGGACCCGCCUUUCAACUGUAAUGCAGGCAUCUACCUGUUCUGCUGUGGUUCCUGCUUCUACCGCUUCUGCUGCCAGUUCAAAAUCCACAGUUUGGACCAGACUUCCUGUUCCAACUAUGACACACCAGUUUGGGCAAACACUGGGCGACCAGCGGCGCCCGUCACAGAGGUCCAAGAGGAACCAGAUCGGGAUCGGACCCACAUGAUCGUGUAUAUUAUCUGUGGAGUGGUGGCCAUCAUGGUGUUGGUCGGGAUUUUUACCAAGCUCGGGCUGGAGAAGAGUCAAGGAGGACAGACUGACAUGACUAACUCCAGGACUCUGACAGAGCUCAUGAAGCAGCCAGGGGAGGCAGGAAUGGUGGAUGGAACCGGGAUUCAUCAUCCCAUAGGGACCAACGGCAUCUCCGCCAGGGCACUGCGCUCUAACAAUGAACACAACCAUUUGAACAACGCAGCCUUGCCUCCCCUGGGUCCAGCCAUGGCCUUGUCUCACCCUCAUAAUAACCUGGGAAUUGGCUUUAACAAGUACACAUCGCUGAAAGCCGUGGAAACGGGUGCAAGAGACUACUACAAGAGCUACCCAAUGGUAGAUUACACCCACCGCCAGUCUCCUCCCACUUUCCAGCCAAUUAACUUCCACCCAAAGGACAAGCCCUUCCUCCCGCCGCCCGACAUCCAUGCGCCACUGGCCAUCACCAUCAAUGCCUCCCAGAUCCCCAAGCCGAAGAUCUCCAAGACCAACACUCACCCACUCACGUCCAGCUCAGCCUUUAAAGCAUGGGACCCCAGUAAGAGUCACAUCCAGCACCCGACGGCAACCCACAUGACCCUCCAGGGACAGCAGCACCACCCCAUCCAGCAGCAGCAGCACCAGCCCCUGCAUCAGCAGAACAGCCGGCGCCAGGCCUACUCCAACAAAAGGCAGUUCAGCAUCGAAACGCUUCCUGAGCUCUUUUCGCAGCCGCUGGGCUAUGGCCACUCGCCACACAUGAACCCCAGGCACAAGGGACUGCCCACCAACAGCAAGACAGAGGUCACUGUCUGAACAUGGGGACGAAUGGGUGAACAGACAGAAGAGGAAACCAAGUGGAGCUGUAAGCAAGAAAUGCUCAGAUAUCUUUUAUAUCCACAGCCGUAAUGGCAAUAGGGGAGCAAGCAAAUAUCGUGUAUAAUCUGAAUUUUUUUAAUUCUGCAUUUUCCUCAUCAUUGUUGACAAUAAUAAUAAUAAUGUGAGUGAUAUUUGUGUACUUUUAAGACCACUGGAUCAGCAGCAGCAGAUAAGCUGUGAAGGUGGCGGAUUGGCAGGUGCUGGCUGUGACUCUUUGAACCCGGCAGCUCUUCUAAAUAAUUGAGUGGCCUCUCAGUGUGUUGGCACAGCUCUCUCCUCCUUCUCCUCUCAACCCCCUCCCACCUCAAAGACACUCUGCACUGCUCUGUAGCACCAUUCCACCAUACACAGACACUAUUUACCCCACAAACUAGCCCAGACGCACUCUGACCACUUUUUCGGAGACUGUCGGAGAGGCUGGUAGGGGAGUGUUUCCCCUGAGACUUUGGCUCCCCAUCAGCAGAAACAAUGCCAUUGUGUUGUCAGCUCCCGUUGCCCUCCAGCCCCUCCGGAGAGCGAGAUAUCAGCCUGGCAAUUCAUACAAGAGAUGAGGGCGGCAUGGGUGGUGGUGGUGGGGGGGUUUAUUCAUCUCAUUCCAGGGGCAAAUAAGAUGAGACGGAUCUGAACCAUAUAGACACACACUACACACUUGUCAAAAACUACAGAAAGUUCCCAGCAGUGUCAGAGACCAUAGGCACCCCCACCCCACAAGCCGAAACACACUUGUCUCUCGACACACUGAUCCUCAGAAACUGGGGAAAGUGAAUAAGCAAGCUCUAGUUGGUAUUUGUAACUGCUUGUUUCGGUCACCAUCUUUUGUGUUGCUGUGGAUGUUUACCUCUAUAGAAAAUCCAGGAUGUGUCACGCUGCCUAGAAAAAAAGAGCAAAAGAGUCCAUGCAUCCAAAAAGGUCAUUACAAAGUCAUUGCAUUCUCUCUCCCUCUCUGCUCCACACAAAUGCUCUUUCACAAAUGAGGCUGGGUUGGUGGAAAUGUCAGCGAAUGCUGCAUAUUGGUACGGGCAUUUGGUUGUAAAAGGAAGUGAAAUUGUGAAUGAAUUUAUAUAUAUAUAUAUAUCUGAAUCGAGAGAGAGAGAGAGAGAGAGAGAGAUUACAAGAUUCACUGUAUUCAGACAAUAGAUCUGCACAUUUGACACGAUUCCAUAAUCAAACAAGAUCAAGCAGUGAUGCGUUACAAGGGCACCUUUUCCUAGCAUGGCUAUGUCAAAGCACAGCUGUUUGAUGCACAACUGAUGCACGACUGCUGCAGUGUUAAAAUAAUCUGCAAGGCUGAAACCAUUGUCACUGCCAUAUAAUUCCUGCUUUCAAAUACAGUAAACACAUCAGUUUUGUUGGCAUAAAAGCAGUCAAGUAGUCUUAGUAACGUGUCAUUUUUUGGUCGCUCUACAUUCAGUGGACCAACUCGUCUGGUAGUGUUAACUUAGAGUAGGAGCUGCAGAAGAAACGGCCUCUCACUAACUCGGAAAACUCUCUAUUUACAUCUUGUGUCUUCUUAGCUGUCUUGCUAACAUUAACCACUGGUAAGCCCACAUUCAGGAACGAGCUGGUUCUGUUGGUUUGGUUGAUUGGGAGUGUAUGUGAACCCCGCAGCUUCAUGGUUUGGACUUCUGGAGUGUUGCAUGCAGUACCCGUACCUACCAUUAAGCUAGCCGUAAGCAAAUAGAUUGAAACCAUCGGCUGGCUAUUUGUUAAACUCUUGUUUCUAUUUAUACCUGGUUAAACAUCGAAAUUGUGACAUAUGGUUGUAGAGGCUUUGGAGUUGUUUAAAUGAAUAUUCUGGUAUAUUUCGGCCAGAUUUCCCAGGGGAUCAGUGAGAGCAGGAACAACACCGGUUUCCCGAGGUACGUUGUCUCUCAGGACGGCCCAGUUGCCUUCCUGUCUUUGCCUCCAUUCUUAGUCUUUCCCCUUUCAUUUGAUUUAGCUCCUCAUCUGUGUCCAGUUCCAAUUAAUACGGUUGACCAAAGGGAAAUGACUUGUGAUUAUCCUCAUAAUAGUCAACGGGAUAAUCCGGCAAUGAAUUUAGCUUAGAAUUUAGACAGUGAUCCAGUCAGCCUUACACAUGAAUUAAAACUAUGCAGGGUGAGCAGGUGAUGCUGGGUUUACUUUCGACGAGACUCAGACACAAUCAAGUAAAACACGCCAUGUUAAAAUUUCCACAAUUUCUCUUUAAAGGAACUUUUUGCUGGGCUGAGUGACAAAAGGAAUGCAACUAGUUUCUGAUGAGUGAUUAGUAAUCGGUUUUUCAAUGAGUAACAUACUACCUUAUGUUGCAUUUUUCAGUUUAUUUGUACAGUGUUGGUUGAUGGCUCCAGUCUACAAAUUCAGCCUUCAAAAUCUCUAACCUCCUCUUCCACCAUCCAAAACAGUCCAUCAGCCAGCCUGACUCACUGAUUGAAUUCACCUUCAUUUGUUAUCAGGAGGACACCAGCUAUGCCGCAGUGCAUAUGCCUGGCACAUGCUAUAGCACAGACAGGUGGUGGAACCUAAUCAAACAGCAGCUCUUACCAGAGUCACACACUAUUUAGCACUUCAUCUCGUUCCUGCUCUCUUUCUGCCGCUCUCUCUCUUUUUCAGCUUCCAAGCUGCCUCCUAGCAGAGUGUCAUCUACCCCGGACCUACCUCUGUGCAUCCAUGUCCAUGGAGGGCUGAGCAAUGGGCACCAAGCACUUGUCUGGUGUUUCGUACCCAGUGCUCCAAGCUGUUGUAAACCGUGGUAUUCUCACUGGGUCCUCAGCAUGUGUGUAUGUGUGUGUACGGGGAGGGAAAUAUAAUUAAUGACAGUCAGUCACAGACUAGAUUUACUCCCUAGGCAAGGCAAGGCAAGGCAAGUUUAUUUGUAUAGCACAUUUCAACAACAAGGUAAUUCAAAGUGCUUUACAUAAAACAAAAGCAACAGGGAAAUAUAAAAAAGUUUAAAAACAUAA